AGGAAGGAGGAAGGAGGAAACACAGGAGGAAAAGGAGGAGGAUGGAUACAGUGAGUGACGACGGUGUCACAGAUUGCUACUUGGUCAGGUUCACGGUUUCUCCCAGCGUAAACACACAGAGGGCAUAACAGAGGCGAGCUAAACACCACGGGAGUCUAACGUUACCGGACAACUGUCUUUUUCUGGGUUCCUCUUCUUGUUGUUGUCGCUCCCUUGGAGGAAGAAGGGCGAGGAUAGUAUGGCUGCACUUUCUCCACAGAUGCGAGGACUUCACAUAGAUGAGGGAGAAUCCAGAGUCCUAAAAGUGAAAGUAGUUGCUGGAAUUGGGCUGGCCAAAAAAGAUAUACUUGGAGCCAGUGAUCCGUAUACUAGACUGUCCCUGUAUGACCCAAUUAAUGGAGAAAUCACAAGUCUUCAGACUAAAACAUUAAAAAAGACACUGGACCCAAAAUGGAAUGAAGAAUUCUUUUUCGAAGUUGAUCCCAGGAAGCAUCGUCUGCUGCUGGAGGUGUUCGAUGAAAACCGCCUGACACGUGAUGACUUCCUGGGACAGGUGGACGUCCCCUUAAAUCAGAUACCGACAGAAAAUCCUAACACAGAAAGACCAUACACAUUUAAGGAUUUUCUGCUUCACCCACGAAGCCACAAGUCCAGGGUCAAAGGUCACCUGCGUCUCAAGAUGACCUACCUGCCCAAAGACCCAGGUUCAGAGGAGGAAACGGUGGAGCAGACUGAGGACACGGAUCCCAGUUGGGAGUAUCUGGAGGCUCAGGACAUGUCGGGUCCCAGGCAGAGCCAGCUGCUGCCCGCUCUGCCCCCUGGCUGGGAAGAGCGGCAGGACAACCUGGGGAGGACCUACUUUGUCAAUCAUGAGAGCAGAAACACACAGUGGCAGCGGCCCACAGUCCUGGACGAUGACCUGCAGAUACAAAGAAGACAGAACAAUGAUAUGGACGUGGAGCAGGCUUUUAUUACACGCAGACAGAUCUCAGACCACGAUGAGAACACCACACGAGAGUCUCCUGAGAGCUGGGAGAUCAUUACAGACGACGAGUCCACCUUGUACCACAGCAACAGCAACAGCCAGGUCAUGUCACCUCCACCCCACGGCCCUGAGGAGUUCCUCCCAUUUCGUGAAGAUCUGAGAAAUUCCCUUGUUUCUGCGUCCACAGCUGGCGAGCUGCGAGCCAACCAGGCGGAUCAUGCAAGUAAUUCAAGCCAUUCCAGUCGCAGAGGAAGUGCCCAGACUUCAACCAGAGAGGAACAUCCUGUUAAUCCUGUGCUGGUUCCUACCUCGACUGGGCUGCCUGCAGGCUGGGAGGAGAAGAGAGACAGUAAAGGAAGACGCUACUUUGUUAACCACAACAGCCGAACCACCUCAUGGACGCGGCCCCUCGUUCAGAGGACCCAAGAAGCCCCAGCCGUGGCCCCAGCCAUGGCCCCAGCCGUGGCCCCAGCCGUGGCCCCAGCUGCAGCACAGAUUGGUGCAGGGGCUCGUCAGAGCGCGACCCCGCCCUUACCCCCCGUGUCUCCUGAAGAGUCUCCUCAGCAGACCCCGAGCCCCGAGGCAUCUCAGGACUCUGCCUUCCUGCCGGCCGGUUGGGAGGUCCGCAGCGCUCCCAGUGGAAGACCUUUUUUCAUCAACCACAACACUAAAGCUACUACCUGGGAUGAUCCCAGGCUGAAGAUCCCUGUGCAGGCGAGGAGGCGACCCUCACUCGACCCAUCUGAUCUCGGCCCUCUGCCGCCUGGCUGGGAGGAGAGGGUCCACACCGAUGGGAGGAUUUUCUACAUAGAUCACAACACCAGGAUCACACAAUGGGAUGAUCCCAGAUUACAGAACUCGGCUAUAACCGGACCAGCAGUGCCUUAUUCCAGAGAUUAUAAACAGAAGUAUGAAUACUUCAGGAAGAAGCUGAAGAAACCGGCUGACAUCCCAAACCGCUUUGAGAUGAAGAUGAGACGAAAUGCAGUUCUGGAGGACUCGUACCGACGCAUCCUCUCCGUGAAGAGGGCCGACCUGCUGAAGGCCCGGCUGUGGGUGGACUUUGAGGGAGAAAAGGGUCUGGACUACGGCGGCCUGGCCAGAGAGUGGUUCUUCCUCAUGUCCAAGGAGAUGUUCAACCCGUACUACGGCCUGUUCGAGUAUUCUGCCACGGACAACUACACAUUGCAGAUUAACCCUAACUCAGGUUUAUGUAACGAGGACCAUCUGUCCUACUUCAAGUUCAUCGGCCGCGUGGCGGGCAUGGCCGUGUAUCAUGGCAAACUGCUUGAUGCUUUCUUCAUUCGGCCGUUCUACAAGAUGAUGCUGCAGAAGCCGAUCACUCUGCAGGACAUGGAGUCUGUUGACAGUGAAUAUUUCAACUCCUUGAUGUGGAUUUUGGAGAACGACCCGACAGACUUGGAUUUGAGGUUCACCAUCGACGAAGAGCUCUUUGGACAGACUCACCAGCAUGAACUGAAGCCGGGCGGCGCAGAGAUUGUCAUCACUAAUGAAACCAAGAAGGAAUACAUCCAUCUGGUGAUGCAGUGGAGGUUUGUGAACAGGAUACAGAAGCAGAUGACUGCUUUCAAAGAGGGAUUUUUUGAGCUGAGAGGGGGACGGUACAGCAGUGGGUGA